AUGACUUCAAUAUCAAAAAGAAAGUAUGAAGAAGAUAUAUCCGUGCGUGAUUUCAAUGUUGCGUUAGAAGAACAGUUUUUAUUUACGAAUCAAAAUAGUUCUAAGCCGGUAUGCUUAAUUUGCGAUGCUUUUGUGGCUGUUCCAAAGAAAUUCAACUUGGAGCGACAUUUUACCCAAAUGCAUGGUCCUUUUAAUUCCAAAUAUCCUGCGGGCUCAAAAUUACGAACAGAUUUCAUAAGUAAGAAGAAACGGUCAUUAGCAGGGCAGCAGUCAUUUGUUUAUAAAAGGAGCGACGAGAUGGAAUCGAUGGUGAGAGCCUCAUACGAAAUUUCCCUUUUAUUGGCUAAAAAAAAGAAGCCGUAUUCUGAUGGUGAAGAAAUAAUAAAACCGUGUUUAUCUAUAUUGGCUAAGCAUGCAGGUGAUCCAAAAAUUAACAAGAUGAGAGCUAUCUCCCGAAAUACAGUUAUGAGACGGAUAGAUGAUAUGGCUACUUUUGUUAAUAAACAAAUUAUUUCCGGAGUGGUCUUUUGCAAAUAUUUUUCUUUGGCUUUGGAUGACAGUGGUGAUAUAACUGACAAAGCUCAAUUAAGUAUUUUUGUCCGAUACGUGAAUAAUAAUUUUGACGUGACAGAAGAACUUCUCGACCUGCGACAACUAUGCACCACAAGGGAAAAAGAUAUUUUCAAUGAAAUGAAAAGUGUUGCCGAGAUCAAAAAUUUGGAUUGGAUAAAACUUGAUAGUAUUUGUACAGAUGGGGCACCGGCAAUGACUGGAAAGAUAAAAGGAGCUGUGGCGUUGUUUGAAAAUUAUUUGGGGAGAAAAUUUUUCAAGUUUCAUUACAUAAUACACCAAGAAAGUCUUUGUGCCAAAGAUUUGGACUUUUCUUUAGUUAUUAACCCGGUAGUGCACUGUAUUAACAAAAUUAGAGCGCGGGCCUUAAAUCGGAGAAAAUUUCGAAGUCUAUUUCCUGAUGAAACUGAAGAAACUGGUGAACUUCUUCUUCAUUGUGAUGUGCGUUGGCUUUCCAAAGGAAGUGCCCUUGAUAGGUUUUGGAAUCUUAGAGAGAAUGUUUUAAAGUUCUUAGAAGACAACAAUGAGUGCUCACAUUUGAAAAAUGAAGAUUGGUUGUGAAAUCUUGCCUUUCUAACAGACAUUAUGGAACAUUUAAAUAAUAUAAAUUUAUGACUUCAGGGCAAAAAUUGUAUUUUUCCUACAUUAUUUUCACACAUUUCCUCUUUUGUUGCCAAACUGGUGCUUUUUGAAAAUGAUUUCGAACAAGAAAGAUUUACUCAUUUUCGUCGCAUGCAGGAACCUCUAACAAAAUUUAAUAAAACACCAAAAUAUGAC